AUGUUCGAAUAUAUUAAGUCAUGGUUCGUUUCACCUCCAGUAUCGCCUGUAAUAAAGGCUGAAGUUCAAAAUUUAAUUGAUAGUAAUAAAAUCUUAAUUUUCCUGAAGUCAUAUUGUCCAUACUGUGAUUCCACCAAAGACUUAAUCAAGUCCAUAACGUCCGACUUUAAAGUGGUUGAGUUGAAUACUUCGGCUAAUGGUAGAACGAUACAAGAUGCUUUACGUGAAAUGACAGGACAAAACACUGUUCCAAAUAUUUUUAUCAAUAGGAAACAUAUCGGUGGCAAUUCAGAUCUCCAGGCUUUACAAGGAGCCGGCAAACUUAAGUCAUUAGUUAACUAA